AUGAGUGAUUACAUUGCUUCACCACGACCACCCAGUACUAUUUCUUCUCCAAUUGUUGAACAACCUCUUCCCGUCACUCCGACCGAACCUCUACAAAGCACUCAACUUGUUAGGGCCAGCUCGAAUAUCGUUCCGAGCCAAAACCUAAAUCGAACAUAUUCUACCGAUUUCCUCAAUCUCCCUUCAUACAUCUUCAAUACCGUAUCACCUUUUCCAACUCUAACUGGCGUCAAUAACAGCGACAACUCGAUGUCUUCUGCCCCUAAAGGGAUGAAUCAUCAUCAUUCAGCAUCCUUCACAUACGGUUCGAGCCAACUUCAGAAUCAAAUCUCAUCAGGUAUAUCCCAAGAACGAAGUACUGCGUCACCUACUCAACCUACUGGGCUCAACGCUGCACAACAAUAUAGCUGGCCGCCCAAGACUACGAGCCCAGUACCACCUUACUUUCCAAAUGCAACUUCUUCUCCAUCGGCUCACGUUCAGGUCCAACCCCCUACUUCUCUAUCUCAGAAUGUCCAACAACCUCAUUACAGUCCCACUCAGGCGCUACCUCAACUUCAGCCUCUCUACAGUGCCUCUUCGAAUCCUGCAUCAGUGCCCACUAUGAUGUUGCCACCUCUUCGGAUACCCAAACAUAGCGAUCCCCGGAUCAAUCCAGCUUAUGCUAGUUCCUCUCUUUCACCUUAUCAAAAUAACUUUGGAUAUCCCCCAUCAUAUGCCAACGUGAACCAAUACUCUCAAUACCAAAGGCCGCCAACCGGUGGUUAUUUCAGUGGUCAUGUCUUUCAUUACUCAAACUCUUCAUCUGCCGGAACAGAUCCAUGGACACCUCUUUCGCCGACUGGAAAUGGUGGGAUCUCCUAUUUCAACAGCAGUCCCGUCCAUCAGCCAUAUGCUGCACCACCACCUCACCAACCUCUACCUACCACUCCAAGUACCAUACAGCCUUCUGCCUUCCCUUCCUGGCAAGUACCUUCGGAAAUCAAGAGCAAAUCAGGUUACAGUCUCAACUCCCCUCUAGGUAUGCCUGGAUCUGAAAACUCAAGACUACUAGACCGAAGAUCGAGCACUCCGGGAGGUCAGAGUACUGAAAGGUGGGAUAGACCAUCAAUGGUUCCAUCGUCGAACACUUCUGAUCAUCCAUCCAGUGACAUCGAUGAUGAAGCUAAAUCUGAGGUGAAGCCUGAAGUCACCUAUACAACUGAUGCGGAAGUAAAACAGACACCCGAGAUCAAAAGGAUGUGCUAUAACUGUGACAAUAGGUCACCCCCAAGUUGGAGAAAAUCUGUAAUUCAUCCUGGAAGAAUCCUGUGCAAUAAAUGUGGCAUCUUUGAAAGGACUCAUCAGAAGUCUCGCCCAAGACAAAAUGAUGAUCAGAAGCUUCGCAGAUCAGGUCAAUCAGGUGGUAUAAGUGGCUCUGCGAAUAGAAGAAACAAGCAAAUUCCGCCUCAGCUACAAGUCAUGAAAGACGAAGGUGAUGGAAGUCCAGUACCUCUAUCUCCAUACUCCGCUAUCCCGUCUCAAGCCACACCCUUGUCCGCUACUUUCUCUACGUCUUCCUCCUAUACUUCGCCUUCUGAACAUCUGCUAUCUUCUGGUGCCGCUGGCCAUCGACGAGUAGCAUUCAACGCAUAUAAUCACAGUUCACCUUCUCAGCAUGAGGUGAAUACACCGGUAUCCUUGAUUGAUGGGAUCUAUACCAACUCGAAUUUCGCUUCUAGUAGAGUGAACUCUGGACAUCAUGCUCAUGGGUCAUCACCUUAUGCUCAUGCUUACGCAAAGAGGCCAUAUCCUCAGUCACUCAGAUUCGACGCUAUACAAUCCUCGUCAUCUAGUCUAUGGACUAGUCAGAUUCCUCAAAUGGGGGAGAAUAUUUCACCCAGCUGGAUGGCAAAUACUAGAAGACAUUCAGAUAUCAGUAUACAUCCAUCGCUAUUGUCGAACACUAGUUCAAAAUCUAGCUUCGGGGAUAGACCUGAACGACAAUCAAAUAACGAAGAUCAAGACAAGACAGAAGGAAAUGAUGGGGUUAAAGUAGAAUCUGUUUGA